UACUGCCCUACUCAGUGGGGCCACAACAGAAAAAUAAAGUGCCACCUAAUGGCACAAUCAAUAGGUUAAACAUACUAUAUGUAUAGUAGUUUACAACUCAGACAGGUUUACAUCUGUUGGUCUUUACUUUGACAGUUGACAGCACUGGCUGGACUUCCUGCUGGAGCUUCCGCAUAGCCAUGCCUUAUCAUCAGUAUCAUCAGCUGGUGAAUGGACUUGUUCACAUUCAUUGCUAAACUGCUGGCCAGACGGAUGCACACACACACACAACGGUGGUGCCUUGGUGACUGAGGUUUGGAUCAGGCAGUGAGAAGGCAGCUCCAGGGUCCAGUCAGUCUGAAGUUUUCAUAGGAGAGACCGAAUGCCAGCCAGAUGCUGCCCCUCCUCUCGUCGCCUGUCUUAUAACUAACUUAGUGAUGCGUCAGAUGGCGUGCCAGUCCAAAAGGAUGGGGAACAACUGUCUAUGGAAGACACCACAUCAAUCCUGCCUCGGCUCAAGAGGAACUCAAACGCCUAUGGCAUCGGGGCUCUGGCUAAGUCUUCUCUGUCAGGUGUGUCAGGUGUCACCCGCACAAUGAAAGAAAGAGUGACCAAGCCCACAGCCAUGGCCCAGGGUCGUGUCGCUCACAUGAUCGAAUGGCAAAAUUGGGGCAUGCAGACGGUGGGCUCAGGGGGCGCCCUCCAGUCCCGCAUCACUACCCAGGAGCGGGAAAAGGAGCGGCGGCUGGAGAACGACGCCUACAGCGACCUCAGUGAUGGGGAGAAGGAGGCUCGUUUUGCAGCAGGUAUCCUGCAGCAGUUUGCAAUCUCAGAGGCAACGCUCCUGGCGUGGUCAUCGAUGGAUGGUGAGACUCCGCAGUCAGGAUCAAACCAGGGCAGUGUGGCUCACCUCAGCGAGGUCAACCAGGAGAGCAUCACCAGUCGAGAUCAGAUAUUGCACCACUCCUCAGCAGAGGUGUGGCCUCACACAUAUGUCUCCCAAGGCCACUACUGCCUGUCCUCUUCUGACGCCUGGGAACCCAUCAACAACGAUCCCUCCGGCGUGGCAUCUCCCCCUGCUGGCUCCUACGUUAUGGGGACGGAGGGCUACGAUGGGCAGGCGGCAGCUCACUUCCUGUCUCAGCAGCAACAGCAGCAGUUCAGUCUCCAACAGAGUCAACUACAACAGCUGCAGCAGAUCCAACAGUUUCAGCACUACCAGCAACAGCAGCUUCUGCAGUAUCAGCAACAGCAGUCUCUGGAACAUAGGCUGCACAGUGCCAACCACUCUUUGCAAGCAACGCCCAACAGCACCAUCCACAGUCUGGUUCAUCAAAUCCACCCCCCACUGGUUGAUCUGUGGAACACGGGGCAGAUGGAAGCCUAUCAGGCAGAGGCCAGUGGAUACAUGGGUGUGGUGGCGGCGGUGGAGCCGAGCCUGUGCAUUCCCUCUGGAGAGGAAAUGGUGGGAACAGAGCACUCCCCGCUACUGGAGCAGCAGGAGGAUGAGGAGGAGGUCAAGGAAGAAGAGGUGGCACUGUGCAUGGAGCAAGAGUCAGCCACUUUGACUCCGCCCACGCAACAAGGGGAUGCCUCGGGUGGCAGUAGUCCGGGUCAGCUGCCACCAGAGCUGAUCACAGAGCGGAAGGCCUCCGAUGUCACUUCUGGUCUCAUUCAGACACUAGAGGAGAAGGAAGAGCGGGAGGAGGGGCCUCCUCCUUCUGUGGCAGCCAACUGAGUUUGUUCCUGCCAAGAGACUUAUUAAAAACUGACCGGGCAGUCAGCAAGAAAUAACACAAUAUAUAUCUAUUACUCUGUUCCUUUUCAGGUAUCAAAACCAUGACUUUUUUGGUUGCAAGAUAAUUUCUUCAGAAUGGUGAGAAACAGAUUUGAUAGUGGACUCACGAUGAGACAAGAGCUGAAUGCAACAAUGGACACCUGUUUCUUUGUAAGCCUUACAUCCCAAAGGUAGUUGAAGAAAAGAAAGUUAAAGGCGGAAGAGGAGCACCAACCGAGUUAAUUAUUUCCACUGGGAAACCGCACUGAGACGAAAAGAAGCGGAAUGGAAACAUGCAUGCUUUUUAUGAAGACAAGCAACUUGACCCUGUCAUCGUCUAAUAAUGAUAAUGAAAAUCUAAAGUAAUAAAAAGUUAUAAUAAUUUUGUAAUAAAGCAAAAAAAAAAAACAACAAUCUAUGUAUAAGUGUAUGAAAAGAUAUAAGUUUUCCAGUGGGAGACCUACUCUGUUUACAGCUGUUAUUCAACUCAUUAGAUAAAGUUUAGUCAAAUUUAUUUCCCCAUUGUAUUAAACACAUACACUAUACUUUACAUUUGGCAACCCAAGCACUUUCACAGAUGAUUGAAGUAGGCUCAGAAAAUCUCAGCAUUUCAGUGAAAUGCAGUUUGCCCGAGGCACAAUCCAGAGACAGGCCCGUCCUGCUGACUGGACACCCAAAAACACUGCACAGAUAAGGAUUGUACUGUAAGAUAGCGUGCUUCCUACUCUGUCUCUCUGUAUGCAUGUUUCUUCAGAGUACUAUGGAGUACCUGUACUAUACAGCACUGUAUAGACUUUGCACUGAACCAUAGUAUUCCAGGUGUGGCCACAGUGGGCCUUUGGUGGGUUUGAGAGGUGGCUUUCAUGACGGAGAAAUAAAGACAGAGCUGCGUAUGCGACUCUCUUUUGCACUGAUGCAAUCCAGCAGAUCAGAGGUUCCCUUUGGACUGUUGAGGUUACCCAGUUCCCACUCUGAAAGCUUUCACCAACAACCAAAACCGAGCCACUUGACAACGCGAACCCUCAGCUGCUUUUUUUGUUUUUUUUCCCCUAGUCGUAGUCGCGAUGAAUAAAGGAUGAUAACCACUAUUUUGAAUGUACUGGCAGUACACGAGCAUUGCUUUGAUGCCUCCCCGUGGUCCACAUGAGAAAGAAUGGAGCGCUUUUCUUAUGAAAUAAAAAUAAGUGGGGGAGUCUUUCAAAGAUGUUGGAAAAUGGAUUCACUGCUGGCUCACCUAGACCACAACAACAACAACAACAAAACCCCACACACACACACACACACACACACACGAAUAUCUAAAUUGUAACCAGCAAUAGGCAGACCACUGGCUUCCCAGACCAGUGUCAGCUCUGUCAUAUAGAUGUAAAUAUUAAGAAUAUAUAAAGAAAUUGCCUCUCACUCACAAUCACAACUGUUCUAUUACAGUAUGAUUUCUUUAUUUUUGUACACCUCUUGGGUCCCACCUUAUUUUGGGAUUGCUCUCUGACUCACAGUUUAGCCUGAAUUUAGUUUUUUCUUCUGUGUGCGACAACGCAAAGACAAGAGGGGAGGAAAACGGAGGGAUGUUGCGUUGUCAUCAGUAGAGUGAUGAUCACUCAAGCUGGAGGGCGUUCAACCCGCCGAGUCCAUCACUGGUGGAAAAAGUGUGGCAGCAGCGGCAGCAGGUUGCCGUUCGAUCAGCCAAUCAGGGAAAAGAGCGGAAGUUGAGGACUGAACACUGGAGCUGAAUAGAUUGGUGUCUUCCUGCUCAUCGUUCUUACCACGAAGCAGCUGCCUGGAGCGUGAUAGCGAUUAUAAUGAUGCUUGAGAAGCAUGUUUUCUUAAUUUUUUUUCUUUCACUUGAGGAAGAACGGGUGUUUUCCGACAAAAAGUGGAGUUAAACAGCGACGGUGAACAAAGUGGACUUUCCAUGCAUGAUUCACUGACAAAAUUCCAACACUACACAACCACUGUUUUUCUCUGUUGGAGGAGCACCUUCUCCUCUCACUUUGAUGAUUGUGUGAGAAACUUUUAAGAUAAAAAAAAAUGGUUUAUUGACUUGAAUGAAUUUAUUUAUUGAUUGCUUCUUUAUGCAAUGUUGGGGACAAUGUUUAUUUUUCUACUGACCUGUUGAAUUCCCUCCCGGUAUAAGUUAGAAUAGGUGUCAUGGUUGUAAAGCAGUCUGGUUUUGUCUGGUUUUGAGCACUUUAAACCAAGAAGAGGUAUGAGAUGGGGCAGUUUGGCAGCUCUCUGUUUUUAAAAGCUUCACUCAAAGAAUUUCAGUAGUGGCAGGUCACAAAAACAACUUAAGAGGGCUCAAAACUGCAAACAGAAUGUCUUUACACAAUGGCAAAUAUUAAUUUAUUUAUUGAACAAUUACUUGGUGGGGAGGAAUAAUGUGACAUCUUGUACAGUGUCUAUAAUUUCAUGUAGGUACCAACCCUUCUGGGAGCAGUAUCUUUUUUUUAUGAGUCAGAUGACGUAAUGUAGUGGAAAGACCAAUGCUUUACAUAUUAUUUUUUUGAUCAUCACAGCUUAUUUGGGCUUGACUGUUUGCUAAUAAGCUACAUCAUAAGGAAACAUGCAUGGACUCCAUUAAAGACACUGCUUCACUUUGGGUUAUUUGUUUUUUAUUUACUUUUUGUUGUUGUUGCUUUUUUUUAAACUAUAAAUCUCAAUGAAUGAAUAAACAAAUAACAAGAAGCCAAAAAUAUUUCUGUGGAUGUUAAAGUUUACUGAUCACAUCUUUUGUUAACCUACUUGUUUGCAGUUGGGUCCCUCUUUUUGUAGUUCUACUGCCAUCUUCCAGUUACAGUUACAACUUGUCUGCGAGCAUGAUGCUCAAAAUCUGCUUCUGGUCCUCUGCCUUUCUCCUUUUCUUCCUGUUUGUCUGUCUCUUUGUAUCUGCUCUGUAUAUUUGUGUCUGUCUGUAUGUUUGUCUGUGUACAGUAAGAUGUCCACUGUCUUGUUGGAAGAAUCACUGCCAAAAAAAAAAGCAGAAAAAUAGAAAAAUAAUGUCACAUCAGUCAAAGAGGACUUGAUAAUUAUAAUCUGGAAGUGUGUGGCAAGAAAAGUAACUGCUGUAUAAAAUGCUGUAUAAAAUUGGAUGGCUUCUGUAAAAGUCUGCAUAAAAUUGGAUUUGUUUGAAAUGAGGCAGUGUGACUGGUGAUACCAGUGAACACUUCUAACACUCCCACCUAUGCAUGCUUGUUUGGAUGGCUGUCACAGGAUGGUUCUUCCACCCCCCACCCCUUCUGUCAACUCUCUGUUUCUUCCCACUUCCCCUCUUUUUCCUGCACGACUGAACCUCCUACUUGCUCUCCAGCUCCU